AGGAAAAAUAAAAAACUUGGAUGAAUGCAUAGAUUAUGGAUUAAGAACUUGCAUCUAGUCAUAAAGAAGCUAAUUAGCUGGGAUGAAUGCAUCUUUAAUUUGGAACUAACUGCUGCGUAGUUCUUAGAUUAUGUUCAAUUUAAAGAAGGUAAAUCGAGUACUUCUGCUCGCCCACCGUUUGCCGAGUCCAAACUUCCCACUGAUGUUACUCGAAAUCGAAUAGGAAUAGUCUGUGAGCUAGUUUCCUGAUUAGCUUCUACGUUUUGAUAGCCAAGAAAAGUCAGCAGACAAGGACAGAAGCUUUUACCAUAGGAAGUCGUCACAACAGCUCUUCAGAAAGUCUUGAAUGUCUUGUCCACCUCUGUAACUCCAUAUGUCAGAAGAAAUCAAUUGCCCUUAUAAAUAACAGACAUAAACACAGAAUGGUUUAUAUAUAGACAUAAGUUCUUAUUGUUUUCUUGUGAGUUCUUUUGAGUAAUAGAAACUCCAAUGGAACUUGAAUAUGAGCGUACAUUAGAGAAAACACCAACAUGGGCAGUUGCUGUGGUCUGUUUUGUGUUGCUUGUAAUAUCAAUUUUCAUUGAGCAUGUCAUAAACUUCAUAGGAAAGUGGUUUAAAAGUAGACACAAGCGAGCUCUCUAUGAAGCUCUUGAGAAGCUCAAAUCAGAGCUUAUGCUGUUGGGAUUCCUGUCCUUGCUCCUAACAGUUCUACAAGAUCCAAUCGCUGGUAUAUGUAUACCGAAGAGUGUUGCAGCCACUUGGCAUCCUUGCAAUGAUGCCACUCCAGAUAGUAAGGCUAGAAAACUUCAUGAAUCCUCAGAUUCUGUCUUCAGUUUCCGGCGCAAAUUAGCCACAAAAGGAUAUGAUAAGUGCACGAAGAAUGGUAAAGUUGCCUUUGUAUCUGCAUAUGGGAUUCACCAGCUCCAUGUAUUUAUCUUUGUGCUAGCAGUUUUUCAUGUGCUCUACUGCAUCACAACCUUGGCUUUGGGAAGACACAAGAUGAGAAUAUGGAAGUAUUGGGAGAAUGAGACAAAAACAGUUGAAUACCAGUUCAGUACUGAUCCAGAAAGAUUUAGGUAUGCGAGGGAUACAUCAUUCGGUAGAAGGCAUUUGAACUUCUGGAGCCAGUCACCAGUUUUCCUUUGGAUUGUGUGCUUCUUCAGACAGUUCUUCAGGUCAGUUACUAAGACUGAUUACCUGACUCUGAGGCAUGGCUUUAUCAUGGCACAUUUAGCACCUGGGAGUGAAACGACCUUUGAUUUUCGAAAGUACAUAAGUAGAUCUCUUGAAGAUGACUUCUUAGUUAUUGUUGAGAUCAGUCCAAUUAUAUGGUUCUCUGCAGUGUUGUUCCUGUUGUCUAACGCAUAUGGAUGGUAUUCUUAUCUCUGGCUGCCAUUUAUCUCCUUAUUUAUAAUCCUCUUGGUGGGAACUAAACUACAAGUGAUUAUAACCAUGAUGGGGAUGAGGAUCCAGGAAAGAGGGGGUGUGGUGAUGGGUGCACCGCUUGUUCAACCUGGUGAUCACUACUUCUGGUUUGGACUGCCCCGCUUCAUGCUCUUCCUCAUCCACUUUGUUUUGUUCCAGAAUGCAUUUCAGCUGGCCUUCUUUGCAUGGAGUACAUGGCAGUUUGGCAUAGAUUCUUGCUUCCACCAAACCCCUGAAGAUAUCGCCAUCAGGAUCUCAAUGGGGGUUAUCAUACAAGUUUUAUGUAGUUAUGUGACUCUGCCGCUCUAUGCUUUAGUGACACAGAUGGGUUCUAGUAUGAAACCCACUGUUUUUAAUGAGGGAGUGGCAGAAGCAGUGAAAAGUUGGCAUCACAAAGCAAAAAAGAAAGUAAAGCACAGCCUGCAUUCAGAGAGAAGCACACCAUUCUCAAGUAGGCCUGAAACUCCUACACAUGGCAUGUCACCAGUUCAUCUAUUGCACAAUGUCAACAACCGCAGUGAUGAGGAUGACUUGUUUCCACCUCCAGAAGCAUCAAUCGUCGUCGAAAUGGAACAUUUGGACACUGAAGGUUCACAAAAGAACAAUGUUGGACCGAGUGAAAGAGGAGCAAUUAGGCAAACUAGUACUGUUAGAGAAUUAGGCCAAAUUCAUGAGCCUCCAGCUCCAAGCCCCUCUCAGGCUCAGCAUGUAGUUAAAAGUCCGUCAAGCUUCUCAUUUGGUACAUCAAGAAAGUGAAAGAGUUGAACUCUGGAAAAACGAUGCUAAUGUACACCAUUUUUUCUUCUGUUUGAGCAUUUGCAGAAACAUGGUUAGGAUAUGACAAUGUUCAGUUGUGUUGUGUGUAAGAUAUACUACUACUGCAAAUGCAUGAUGUCACAUAGAUUUUUUGCUCCUUUAGGCUUGGCAUAUUAUACUUCAUUUUUUCUUUUUACAGUGUGAUCUUAUAAUGUGUUAAAGAACAUCAAUCUCUUCCUUCAAUCA